GUGUCUGUGUGUGUCUCUGUGUGUGUGUGUGUGUGUCUGUGUGUGUGUGUGUGUCUGUGUGUGUGUGUGUGUGUGUGUGUGUGUGUGUGUGUCUGUGUGUGUGUGUGUGUGUGUGUGUGUGUGUGUGUGUGUGUGUGUGUGUGUGUGUGUGUUAGGAGGCCACCAUGCUGCAGUGCAGUGUGGGUCGGGAGUACCAGCGGCUGAAGGACUCUGAGGUCCAGCAGAGACAGAAGCUGGAAGCAGCCAAUCACAGGAUAGCAGAGCUGGAGACCCAGCUGACCAAGAAGGACCAGCUGAUCCUGGACCAGAAGAAGCUGCUGGAGGACACCAAGAACCACAGCAGGGCGGAGCUGUCGGCCUGUGAGAGUCGCUGUGUGGGUCUGAGGAGGAUCACUCAGAGUCUUCAGACUGAGAUGCUUCAACUGUACAGUCAGACGCACCUGGAGCCCUGCAGGCCAAACGGCAGCGAGGCCUCACCUGUCGCUCAGGACAUCCAGAAGCCCCGCCCCCCCUCUUCUUCUUCUGUGGGUAUAAUAAACGGAGGCGUGGCGGCGCUCUCCACCUCCCCGCUGCACCUCCUCUCCUGCUCCUCCUCCCCCCUCUCCCUCUCCCCCAUCGACUCCCCGCUGGCCGUCGGCUCCUUCCUGGAGCAGCGGGCGCGCCAGCUGUUCAGACCGGCCAAUCAGGGCCAGGACGAGGAGGUGGAGGAGCAGGAGGAAGAGGAGGAGGAGCAGGAGCAGCAGCAGGAGGAGGAGGAGGAGGAAGAGGAGGAGGCCCAGCCAGGGAGCCCUCCUCUGGGUCAGGAGGCGGAGGAGGCGUCGCUCCUCACAGGAAGCCUCCUCAUGGAGCCUCCUCCUCCUCCUCGGCCUCCAGCCGUCAGUCUGCCUGAAGACCUGACGCUCGCCGUGCGCCAGCGCAGACACGAGCUGAGCAUCAUGGACUACGACGAGACGCUGCCCGAGUACUGA